UCUUAACUUUUUGUUUUUGAAUAUCCAAGUAAAGGUAAUUAACAUUUCCGCUGUCAUUUUAAAUAAUUAAUGACUAACUAAAUUGUGACUUGUGAUAUUCACUCCGGUCUUAAACGUUUCUGUGCUCUUGCAACGAGAUGGCGUAUAUGCUGUUCACAUCCCAUUAUCAAGGAAAACCUUAAAAACACAUGAAACGUGUUUCCUACCCUUUUUUAUUUACGUUUUAUUUUUCCAAGUGUCUAAUUAAGUGCAAGUGUUAAUUUCUUGUUUUAUUUGUGUCAAAUAUCAGUUUUAAUUUGUAUUCCAUUGCUUACUACGCUGAUCAAUAAUCAUGGCUGAUGACUAUGAAGACCGAGAAGAAAUUUUCGAUGACUUCGAUGAGGAGGCACCAGCUGAGGAUGCUAUGGAUGAAAAUAAUUUUGACAUUUUAGAUGCUCCUACAGGAACCGAAACUGGUCGUCAAAAUAUCAAUAGAGUAACUACACCUUAUCUAACUAAAUAUGAAAGAGCUCGUGUUAUUGGUACACGUGCUUUACAGAUUGCUAUGUGCGCGCCUAUCAUGGUUGAAUUGGAUGGUGAAACCGAUCCAUUGGAUAUUGCCUUGAAAGAAUUGAAAGCACGUAAAAUACCAAUUAUUAUACGACGAUAUUUACCUGAUGGCAGCUACGAAGAUUGGGGAAUCAAUGAAUUAAUCAUGACUGAAUGAAGUUAAUCCAUUGUAACCCGAGAAUCAAAAUCAAUUUCCAUUCUUCAUCCCGCCUACACUAGUUAAUCUUUCCCUAAUAUUAUCAGUUUUUCCCGGAAAAGUUAACCACUGUAUUCAUAUAAGUCAUGUUUCAUUUGUAAAUGAUCAAUCGGUCCUAGACGGCUAACUCUUAAGCAAAAUAUAAAUAAACGAGCUAUUUCUUAUCAUUCGAUUCGUACAA